GGAAGUUAUUGUCUUGGCGGCGAAAUAGCAGCAGCUCAAAACGGUAGAAACGUGUUUGUAGAAGAAGUUAAGCUAUGUGAGCAGAUGGAACAUUAGUCCCGGACUCUGUAGGAUCUGCUGGCUGUCAUGCAGCGGACUAAAGCCUCUGUGAGUGUGGAGGUGAAGCAGGUGGUCGGAGCUCUGUGCAGACUUCUAGCGGCGGUCGGUGUGGACUCAGUCCCGGCACCGGAGAGCUUCAGACGGGCAAAGUUUGGUGGAGGAGCCGAGGAGGAUCAGUUUUGGCAGCUUCUUGCCAGCAUCCUUCAGAAAACUGCCGUCGUUUCAUCUGAAGUCGGUCUACAGCUGAGAGGAGCUUCGGAGAACAGAAAGUUUGUGGCUGCAGGGCUGUGGCAGACCGGCUACCAUGCUGACUGGAUGUAUGAGAGGGAGGGAGGAGAUGCAGAGGGAGGAAGGAGUUUCUCCAGCAGAGAUCUCCUCCUGGCGCUGGGCUGGCUGCUCGCUGCAGGAACGCUGGAGAAACUGUUGACUCAGCGAGUACAGCAACUGGACAAAACCCUCCUCACGCCUGUACCUGGGAACCUUCACCUCUCCAGUGAGCUUCAGUUUGACUCUGCCUCUUUACGGAGACUCCAGUGGCUCAUCGGCUGUCUCAGACACCAGGGACGGAUCCUGCUGUCCAUGCUUCAAGAGAGAACUCGACUGCUUCAUGCUGUUUUUUCUGCCAGCCUCUCCUCCGCUGCAUCUCCCUCUUUUGGUCAGAGCUCUGUGAUAUUAAAGGAGGACUGGGUUCGCGUCCGACAGCUCUGUGACCUCCUAGAAGCAUAUCUGAAUUGGAGACAGGUGGAGGAAAUCUUCUGGACAUGGAUGGACAGCGUGGUGGAAUGUCAUCUGUCUGGUCCUGUUAUCAAAAGGCCUACACAUGCACCGAGUGGGAGUCCAGGAGUGUGUCACCACGGAACCUGGGGGCUGGACAAACCGGACGACGUGCUGUUAGGACUUCCUGCUGACACACACGCAUCCACACCAACACAGGAACAACAGAGGAGAGGCAGAGGGGACGCAAAGGACAGAGAGGGAGGAGAAAAGAGUCGAGUUGGACCUCCUUUUCCAUCUUCUCUUCCCUCUGUGCCGUUCCUCAGUCAGGUUUAUCGAGCCCGACUCCAGGCUGAGAAGCCGGUCAGACAGCACAGAGCUGAGGACCUCCACAGCAGGACGGAGGCUUCAGAUGAGCUGAAGGCGUCUCAGGCUGUUCAGCUGCUGCUUCACGCUGAGGCUCUGCUGCUGGAGAGGAGGGACCGGCAGAGACUGGCCAAUAGGACGCAGCUGCAGGAGAUGAUUGGCAGCCAGAAUGAACUGGUGCUGAUACCUCCAUAGAUGUUUAGUUUUUAUUUAAAUGGCUCCAUUUUGCAGUAAAUGGGAUGCUCAGGACCUGUAUGUAACGUAUCUGGGUUUUGUUCUGACAUUUCAGGCUCCAUCUUUCUGGAUUUGGAAAUUGUUUUUCAUUUGCCAAGUAAUUAACCUGACAAUAGACAACUAUAUUGUUUGUUGCAUUUUUUCACAUUCACAAGGAAAUAAGCUUUAAGUACAUAAACUUAGUGUAGUGCAAAGUAGCACAGUGUGAAUAAAAGAGGCACAAGAAAGGAAGAACUGAAAGAUAAUAAACAAGCAUUUCCAGAUUUAUUACAUUUGCUAAGUGACUUUUUAAUAAAUGAAACAGUAAAUAAAUAAUGAAACAUGCACAUGUCCUUAGAGCGUCUGCAGGUUUUUGACAAAUGAACUGUAUAAUUCAGAAAACAAUGUUUCUUAUAAUCUAUUUAAUCAUGGUUUUCCAGAUGAUUGGUGCUUAUAGGUUGUGGUCUAAUGCUGUACAGGUACAUGGUAGCCUCACUGGUAAUGUAUGUUAUACCACUACUUUAUUGUGUUGUUUCUGAACUUCAUAUUAAAGCCUAAAGUUCUUGGUAA